UUCCAGCCUGACUAUGUCCACUGGAGCAAGAUCAUGACUUCGCUCAACGGGUCAGACGAGACCACCCUUCCCUCCUUCCCCAUCUCCUCCGCUGAGCUCAAUUUCUCCCACUUGAUCACCCACGUCCCUUCAUCCUUCCCCACCUCCUCCUCGCUGACGUCCUCUAACUGCACCAGCUCUCCGUUAGCCUCCUCUCCUCCGUACAACUUCUACGCGGUGCUGCUGGUGCUCCUGAUCUUCUGCGUGGUGUUCGGUAACGUGCUGGUGUGCGUGGCGGUGUCGAGGGAGCGCGCUCUGCAGACAACCACCAACUACCUCAUCGUCUCGCUGGCUGUGUCCGACCUGCUGCUGGCCACGCUGGUCAUGCCCUGGGGCGUCUACCUGGAGGUGGUGGGAGAGUGGCGCUUCAGUCUCAUCCACUGUGACAUCCUGCUCACCCUGGACGUCAUGAUGUGCACCGCCAGCAUCCUCAACCUCUGCGCCAUCAGCAUCGACAGAUACACAGCGGUGGCCAUGCCGAUGCUCUACAACACCAGAUACAGUUCCAGGAGGAGGGUGGCGGUGAUGAUUAGUGUGGUGUGGUUUCUCUCUUUUGCAAUCUCCUGCCCUUUACUGUUUGGACUCAACAACACUGACAACAGGGAAGGCACCACGUGCAGCUUUGCCGAUCCGGCCUUCGUGGUGUACUCGUCGGUGGCCUCCUUCUACGUCCCCUUCAUUGUCACGUUGCUGGUGUAUGCACAGAUCUGCGUGGUGCUGCGCAGGCGAGGCAGACGCACCGCCCCGCCGCACAGACACGGCCUGCACGCACAAAGCGCGGCGGAGGUGGGAGAAGUUCACCGACACGGGAAGAGCAAGUGUACACAACCAGAGGAUGUGAAGUUGUGCACCCUGAUCCUGAGGCCCGCCACCGCCGGCCCACAGCGCAAGAAGGUGACCCUGGUGAAGGAGGCGGUGGUUCACCCCCUCGAGGUGGAGCCGGGUCGGUUCCUGCCUCAGACCGAGCAGAGCCUGGCUCCUCCUCCCCAGACCGCCUCCCACCCUGGACGGGCCAGGAUCUCCCUGGCCAUCUCAGUUGGACCCGCCCCGGUUCACCCCUCCACCGUGACGCGGUCGGCCCUGAUGCCCCGCCCCCCCACCCUUGUGGACGGCAUGAGGGGGCGCGAGGGAUGGAGGGAGCGCAGCGCAGGGAGAGAGAAAUGGGGGAUCACCAAGGAGAGGGUGAGGGGGAGGCUGUCGCAGCAGAAGGAGCGCAAGGCGACACAGAUGCUUGCCAUUGUGCUCGGUGUGUUCAUCAUCUGCUGGCUGCCCUUCUUCCUGACCCACGUGCUGAAGGCCCACUGCAGGAGCUGCUGCAUCUCGCCCUCGCUGUACAGCGCCGUCACCUGGCUGGGAUAUCUCAACAGUGCCGUCAACCCUGUCAUCUACACCACUUUCAACAUCGAGUUUCGCAAAGCCUUCAUCAAGAUCCUGCACUGCUGA